AGACAAACUUGCUGUGAAGCACACACUUUCUAUAACUCAGCUUUACAUGGUACCCGACGAUGUCCCCCUUCUGAGAUCCUUAGAAGCUGGCCCUGUCAGUAAAAAAAGUCACAGCUUUGGUUUCCUCUGUGCUCCAUGGAGGAUGAUGUGGGCGCCAUGGAUGCCAGGUCCAAUUUCACAGGUGCCUACAGCUCAUGGUUGACGAAAGUCAAAGGGGAAGGUGCAAAAGCCCGAUGGCUCUCCAGCACGACGAAGAGAUAUUUCACAAUCGAUUUCAACUCACAGCUUUUCUUCUAUGCUCAAUCCGAAAGCCAGAAGACAGUUUCGCAUCCAAUUCGCUUCAAGGACAUUGUGGCAGCAGACCAACUGCCAGAUACAGGCGUGAAGAGUGAACACCCCUUCGGCUUCUCCAUUCUCACUGCGGAAAGGACCUAUGAGCUCUUCACCCAUUCCUACCAGGAUGCGGAGCUCUGGGUCUCCGCACUGAAUGCAGCGCGGGACAUCGCCAAUGGCAAAGUGCCGGUGCAGGCGCCCAGCUCCACCAAGCAUAGCCACGAGCUCGCGCGGCCACCGGGGUCUUCGCUUUCGACCUCCACGUCAGAACACAAUGGUGACCACCGAGGCGAAGAUGGCAGGGCUCCUUGGGAGCCUCCGCCUGUCACCAAGAGGUGGACUCAACCUGCUCCAGUGCAGCAGGCGGUAGCUGCUCCACCGCCACCUCCGGUGGAUCCUUUCGCUGCGCUGGAUGCACUGGAAGAGCUGGCAGGCCCUGCCCCGGAGGACACUGGAGCAGCGGUGGCACCGGAACUGCAGGGAGAGCUUUUGAAAGAGGCGCGCGCCCGGGUAACUGGUGCCAUGACCUCCAAGAGAAGUCUUCAGGAGAUUGAGGCAGCAGUGGCACCACCACCUCCUUGUCCUGACGAAGCGACUGUAGACCAUGUCGAGCCAGUCUCCUUUGCCUCGGCUCCAGACGAAGUGCCGGUCAUGGCGCCAACAGCGCCAAUAGCGCCAGUCUCCGGCCUUUGCGGAAUCGCGCCGCCUGCAGGCAUUGCACCUCCGGCAGGCAUGGGAGGCAUCGCCCCACCCGUUUGCGCUUACGACGAAGCUCGCACUGCUCUUGCUGCUCCUUCUCCUACUCCGGCGCUUGCUCUUGCUGCUCCACCUGUCCAGGUGGAAGCAGCUCCAGCACCAGCACCGCCUGACAGCACUCAGGUGGAAGAGAGCUGGGAUGAAGAACCACAAGUUGCUGAAACUGCUCCGCUUCCUCCAGAGGCACCAAUACCUCCGUCAUUCGAUCACGAACCUGGUGAUCUUGAUGACCUUGUGGGCGAGAUCAUGGCAGUCACAUCAGCUGGGGCAAGUGGCCCCCGGAUAUUGGAGCAUUUCCACUGCAUUGGCUGUGACUUCCAGGUCUUGGUUUGUGAUGAUUAUGUCUGGAAUGAUGAUGCUGAGUACAUGUUUUUCCGCAACAACUACCCCAACUUCGACAAGUUGAGGACGUGCUUGGUCAAGCAAGAGGAUUGCAGAGCAUACUGUUGUCAGUGCUCGUGGAAGUCUGCGCGGAGCUCCACCGCCCUCCAGGAGGUGGCAGAAGGCCUGCGUUGGAGGAAGAUAGGCUGAGCAUGAACAAAUGCAGUAUUGGUGAACGCUUUAGGAUAGGGCCAUCCCUUGGUCCCGUAGCAGGACGGACACGUUCGGUGUCCUGCAUGUCAUGGCAAGCUACAAUUCUGUAGAUCCAUUGGAAUCCAUGGUCCACGAGACAUUCAUCUCCACUUCCUUCCAUUCACCUGUGAUUUGGACGACAUUAUGGACUAGCUUCGGCUUGCAAGUGUUUGCAGUGUUUGGAUGGAGCAAUGGCACUCCGACGACGGCACGUUUCCGUCUGCACAACGACCAAAAAGUCGAAGACUUUUUGGUUCCGCUUCCGAGCGGCAAAUGCAUUUGUGCAGUGCGAGAAAGAUAGAUGAUCCAAACUCUGCUCGAGAAAGAU